UUGAGCGGGUUCUGAUUGCGCAUUGGAGCGAAUCUUGCAAUCGCGCACUUGAAAUGAAUAUUAUGAUCGCGCUAUCAGAAGCGGGUCUAAUAAUUACGCAAAUUUGAGCGGAUCCCGAUUACGCAUUUGGAAGCGAAUAUGGCGGUCGCGCAUUUAGCAGCGGAUCAAAAGCAUCGCGCAUUUACUAAUGAUAGUACAACGAAUCCUAAAUAAAACUAAGUAUUUAACCUAUUCACGAAUCACACAUUUAAAUGCAUUACUAUAAUGUUGAAUUCACAAAAAAGUAGAAAUCAAAUCAGAACAAGUUUGUUAAGUAACAUACCUAAUUUGAAUUUUGCAUUAAUGCAUAUCGUUACAGUCAAACCAGUGCCGAGUAAAACGACUGCAAAACAAAAAGAAAUGGCGAACAAUGGAAAAUAUGUCCGACCGGUUGACGCAUCAGAAGAUGACGCCGCAAUCGGAAGUGACGAACGAAAUCAAGCCAACGAUGAAGUGAAAAACGACCAAUACGAUGCAAACAGUGAUAACAACAGCUCCCCAACCAGCGAAACAAGCGGCGCUAAUACUGAUGACGAAGAAGAGCAUAGCAACGCAUCAAGUAGCUCUUCUCCAAGCUCCCCUUCGCCACCGAUUACUCCUUCAGUCCGUGAAGAAGCCCCGACUCAAGCCGCAAGCCAAAAUGAAUUGGAACAAGUAAGCAACUCCGAACGAAUCGAGCGCAUGGAGAAGAUGAUCGCUGGAAUUAAUGACACCCUGAGUCGUUUCCAGCAAAGCUCUGGCCCAGUGAAGGAACCUACCUCGAUCGACAACCGUGAUAACAGUUGGAAUCUCGCCAAUGAAACCACUUCGUUCGGUGCCACCAGCGGAAGCUCCGCGAGUAUCCGCUGGGACCAUAUACAACCAUUCCCGGCGAGCGUCCCCGCGAAUAAAAUGUGGGAGACUUGGAACCGUUAUCUGGAAAAUUUUGAGAUAGCGGCGUCACUGAGCAACGUCAAUGACCCAGUUAAGCGAACACAAUUAUUGUUUCUGUCCAUGGGCAGCGAGUUGCAGGAGAUUAUCAAGGCUGCAAAGCUCCGCCCGAGUCUAACCAGCUCGGACUGUUAUAAGACCUUCAUAUGUAACAUUAAGAACUAUUUUCGAUCCAUGACGGACACCGCCGCUGAGCACGAGGCAUUUACAAGAAUGAGGCAGGAAAACGGCGAAGCUGCGGUUGCGUACCACGCGCGACUCAUGUGUAAAGUGCGCUCGUGCAAUUACUCCAUCGACGACGAGGACCGGUUUGUGCGCGCACAAUUACUGAAUGGGCUACGGAACAGGGAUUUGGUCAGACAAGCAAGGACCUAUGGAUACGAUACCAACUUUAUCGUACAGUCAGCUACUAGGGAUGAAGCAUUCGAAGCUGAAACGCGCCAGCAAGAAAGCCCGAGUGCAUUUGAGGUCAGUAGAGUAGAACGUUCUACUUUCAGUAAACGCAAACGUUCAAGCAGUGCGGACGGACCACGGGUCAGUCAAUAUCGGAGCGGACAGAACAGACCACCAGCUAAUCAACAACGAAGAGAACGAAACGGAAACCAAGGAUGGCGUCAACGCUGCAACCGAUGCUUUUUGUUCAAUCAUCGGAAUGGACAAUGCCCAGCAUUGAAUCGCAAUUGCAACAAAUGCGGCAAGCGCGGACAUUUCGUUGCGGCUUGUCGGCAAAGGCAAGUGAACUCCAUGCAGCAAGACCGAGGUGGAAAUGCGGGCUCCUCAUCUGAAGACAGACAUGACGAUGUUAAGCAGGAAGUCAACGCUCUUACUUUACAAGAUAUAAUGGUCGAGUGUUCUAUAGGAUCAUCUAGUCCAAUACGCUUCUUGAUAGAUUCCGGUGCAGAUGCCAAUAUAAUCGGUGGAAAGGAUUGGCAUCGGUUGAAUGAGGAGUUUAAAUCAGGUUUGGCAAAGCUCGAAAUGAUUGGAAGUACACAUAAUCUUCUUCACGCUUAUGGGAAUCAAAAACCAAUGACUAUCGCAUGUACGUUUAAAGCGAGCCUUUUUACAACAUCAAAGAGUGCUCCCGCCACGGCAAAAGCUACGAUAUUCCAUGUAGUACCCAGUGGCUCAAGAUCCCUGCUAGGGCGACAUACUGCAAGCGAUAUGGGUUUGCUGCAAGUCAACGUUAACCAGUGCGAGAUGACAGGAGAACAUGAUCUUUUCCCAAAAAUGCCAGGUGUUAAGGUGAAAUUCAGCGUUAACAAGGAUGUACCACCUACAAAAAACGCCUAUUACAACGUUCCUGCAGCGUACCGGUAAGAACAACUUUCAUUCAAACUAUGAUAUUGAGCAUAAUGAUAUAGUAGUCAAACAUUGCCCUAUGACAAUACUUACCCCUUUUACCUCAAGUUUAAUACAUACCAAACAGUCAAAACCAUUUAAAAACUAAUGUCAGAAUAUCUAUAUUAUUACUACGAAACACCUUGCUAUUGAAA